AUGUCCUUCAUCGUCUCCCUCUGUCUCGCCGAGCUUGCCUCCGCCUACCCAACUACGGGGGGUGUGCAUCAUUGGGUCUAUGAGCUGGCGUCGACACGGAGGGGACCUUUUUUGACGUGGAUGACGGGAUGGUUGACGGUCGCUGGGUCUGUUGCUUCGGCUUCUUCGGUCGCGUUUUAUUUCUCAUCGGUGCUUGGGGAGAUUCUGUUUAUUGUCCACAAGGUUGCGUUGACGCCGGGGAUACUUGUGAUGUUCCAUUUGGGUGCAGUGUUGCUCUGGCAGUCGAUUAACUUGUUCCCCAUCCGUGGGUUUGGAUACAUCUCUGCCGCCUCUGCAUUCGCAAUAGCGCUCAUAUCACACGCACAGGUGGAGUCAGGAUGGGUCUACGUCCCCUUCACCACAUUCCUGAACUAUUCUGGAAACUCUAAUGCCGUCUACGCCGCCCUCAGUUCCACACUCAUGGCUUCUUUUGUCUUUUGCCCCCAGGAUACUGUCGUUCGCAUGUCUGAGGAGAGUCGUAGGCCAGAGAAGGUGCUACCAAGGCUGGUGACAAUGUCGAGUCUAGUCGGUCUCAUCUUGGGCUUUCCUAUCGUCCUAGGCCUCAACUAUGGUAUCCUCCAUCCUAUCAAGGGUCUCCUCGAUGAAGCCGUCCCAGCCGUCGACGUAAUCCUCAUGACACUAGGAAGACCUUUAGGAAUAACAUUCGUGGCCCUAAUCCUGACAGGAAUCUUCUUCACCGGCCUAACCCGCCUCUCGAUCGCCUCCCGCGUCACCUAUGCCUUCGCCCGCGACGGAGGCCUCCCGAAAUCGUCCUACUGGAACCACCUCCAAUCUCGGCGCAAGACCCCACAACGUGUUUCGUGGCUCGUUACGGCUGCUUGCAUGUCGGGUAUUUUCCCGUUCUAUUGGGGAGAUAGGAAUGCGUUCCAUUGGAUUGCUAGUCUUGCCUGUGUCGCUACUAAUCUUAGUUUUGGUCCCUUCUCCCUCGGCUCCCUCUCUCGCCUCCUCCAAACCCUCUCAAUCCUCUGGCUCCUCUUCCUCUCUGCCGUCCUCAUGCUCCCCACGACUUUCCCCGUCACCAUCUCGAAUUUUAACUAUACCUUUGCGGCCGUGGCGGGGAUUGUGGUGCUUUCGGGGGUGAGUUGGUUGGUGAAGGCGCGGUUUCGGUUCUCGGGUGCUGCAAAAGAAGGGAGCCGUGCUGCCCAUAAGAUCCCGAGGUCGCCAAAGUAUCAGCAUAGUUUUGGGUCGAGCGUUUGUGGUGGUGGCAGUAGUAACGGUGGUGGGAAUGGGAAUGGGUAUCACGGCCAGCAACAACAACAAAGGCAGCGGCAGAUUUCUCCAUCGUCUGGCCUUGAGACUCCUCGGUUCCUCGGCGGGACACUUACUCCUACCUUACUUCACCCGCACCUGCACGUACACCAACCACAACCACAACUGGAGUUGCAUAAUUCCAUUUCAACUGAGGCCCUGCACUAUACUGGAGUAAUUCAACGCGAUCGACAGUCGUCGUUCACACGGCACUCGGGGACCAACCGACGUCCUGCCGAUCCACUCUCGUCAAGCGACAGCAACCUCGGCGGCGGCGGUGGUGGUGCUCGACGGCCACCCAAGACCAAGGUCAAGACCGCUGCUACGAAAGCUACAGCAAACUCUAAGGCGACAACAGGAGGAGGUGAGAAUGGGAGGAAUUCUGGAAGCGUGUCACGGAACCCGUCCACAAACGCGUCCCGAUCCCAGAUCUCCUUACAGAACCCUGUUCACACCUCAACAACACAUAGCAGCUCUCACCUCCCACCAUCACCUGGCCACGAAGUCCGAGAAACGGGAGGAGGAUCAAAUGACGACCAUCUAGUCACCUCCAUCUUCGGGAUGACGUGCGACUCGCCCGAAAUGCUCCCUCGAGACCAAGAGGGCCUCCACAAGACCACUAACACCAACACCAACACCAACACCAUCGCAUCCUCAUCCCUCUUCCCAUCCUCUCAACCAUCCCCAUCCCACUCCAAAACCACCUCCUCCGUAACCCCCGAGGAUGGAGAUCUCCUCCGGCUCUUGACCAAUUCUUCCAACCCCAGUGCACUAUCAUCUCUCUCGCCCGUGCAAAUACCAGAGUUGCCAGAGAUCUCAAUUGCCUCACCUACGACCAUCUCCUCGCACGAGAGUCAGAGUCAGACGUCGUCUGCUAUUUCUACUUUGUCGGACGUUCAUAUCGUUCAUGAGGAUACCAUUCCUCAGCAUAACGAUCAGCAUGACCAUCACCAUCAUUUGCAGCGACAAGCAGGAGCGACUUCUCCUUCAGCGCAGACACAAGCACAAUCACAGACACAGACACAGACUCAGACACGUCCUUUUAACGCCACCGAAAGCAUCUUUCCCAACCUCGCCCAGAACCACAACGCCAACAACGGUACAGCUAUACCAUCACCAACAGACAAAAUCACUAUUGACAACCAUCAGCAAAAAAAUCACCUCCUCUCAACAACAGAACCAUCACAUCGCAGACCCCCAUCGUCCAACCCACACCUGCACCUCACCAACGAUUUUACAGCACCCGAGGAUAAUUCUUCAUACUAUUCCACACCGCAACGAACACCUACGAGCACAACACAUACCCACAGCAAACAACCCUCCUUCAACAGUUCUCCCCCCGAGCAGGAGGAUAACGAUAACGACAUUGAACAAGCAGUGCAAUCAAUAACCAUCCGCACCCACCGCCUACAACCACCACCCUUCCGUCCGCCUCCUCCUCCGACAACCCCUCCACCACCUCUUCCCCUUCCUCUAACCCCAACCUCCCAACAACCACCCGCCAUCCGCCUCGAUACCCCAGCCCUCUCCAAAAUCAUCCAAGAAGACCCUCCCACAGCACUACAAACCCUGAUCCAGAAACGAGCCGUCGUCGAAAACGCAGACAAGAUGAUUGAUAUCAUGGACGUCGAUGACACCUUUGAUGAACAGUACAAUCCGGUCAUAUCAGCCUACCAGUCCUCGCAUGAUCUGUUCAAGCAUUUCCAAGCUGCGGUUGCAACACCGACUUCAGCGGCUGUGGGAGGACAGCAGCAGCAGCAGCAGCAGAAUCAACAGCAACAACAGCCAUCAAAAUCUCUCCCUACACCGCCACCACCGCGUCGUCGAUACCCAGUCCCGGUAUCACCAACAUCACCCAACGGCAGCAACGGACAGGCACACUACAAUCUCCCCACACUAUCAUCAUUCGAAGACAAGACCUUCACUUCACGUCUUCUCUACGGAGAACAACUACUCUCACCAACAUCACCCACCAAAGAUACCACGUCCAACACCACCAACAUCAGCAGCGACAGGAACCCUGGCGCCGGCGGUGAUAUUGAAGUAGACCCAGCAGAGAAAGAAGCCUCGAUCGCCCAGUGGGCACAAGAACAAGCUGCCAUCCAAGAACACCGUCUCGAGAAGCAGCGCAGAUCCAAGGUCCGUGCACAAGCCUCUGACAUCCACCAAUCCUCCGCACCAUUGAAAGUCCUCCUCGAAAAAGACGACGACGACGACGAGCCACAAGUCACUGCCAAAUAA